AUGAUGUUACAGGAAAGCUUCAACCUCAAAGGUGUCCAGAAAUCAAUCGGUGGAAGUUCUAUGCAUAAACCCGUUGUCAGUCGUUCGAAGUCGCACGACGAGCGGAGUCAUAUGAACGUCCCAUCGACAACAAAUUAUUUCUCCAAAUGUAAAAGUCAGUCAACUUGUGUGCGACCUACCGUUCGACGUUAUUCCAUCUCUGAAGCAUUUGCCUACAAUGCCAGGCGCCUGACUACUUGUAUUCGAAAAUGUGUGCUGAAUAGCGCCACCUUACUGCAUGAAGAUAUGUACGGACUCCCGUGGAACCUGCGACCAUUGUAUCGGGAUGGAUGUCAACAUCACAACAAAAAUGGGCGAUCGAAAUUGGACACUGCGACCCCGGAAACCGAUCAGCGUUCGCGAUUCUACAAGCUGGAUAAGCCCGCCAGUGAGCAGUUGUACUCAGUUUACCAAUCUAUGGAAAACCGAUUUGAAAGCUGUUCCAGUGAGCAACAUAGUAAAAAGAAUCGGACAUCAAAGAAAGAUUCCACUCCGAAACCCGAUUACGCAACUGAUAAGAUUGCGGAUGGUAAUUUGCACUCUUUGAACUCUUGUAUUUCGACGGAGCAAAAAAGGCGUAGAAACGGCACUUUGGAUUGUCCUGAUCCAGCGCUUUUGGAAGAAAGUGGCACGCAGAUGGAGUACAACAUUAAUAAUAAAGACCAUGGUGUCACAUUGCGUGUGAUUUUUGUGCCUCCAGCUGGUGGUUGUUCCACAUCAAGUUCCAGAAUCCCUCGCCAAUCAGGUUUAAACAGUCCUGUCCUCUGCCGUUUAUCGAAGCAGUCCCUGCAAGGAUUCACAGAUUAUGAGCUGGUGUUGAGAAGAACCAGUUACCCUAAGGAUCCACAUGUGAUUAUUUUCCCAUAA